AUGGUGUUUAAUGGUAGUCAAGUCCAAGUGAGUGAAGUAGUGUUGGAAGUGAAUUUGAUUCCUUUGGAUAUCGUCGACCUUGACAUUAUUCGAGGAAUGGAUUGGUUGGCAAGACAUCAUGCUUCGAUAGAUUACUUUAGGAAGGAGGAUAGUACUAUGAAGUUGGAGGAUAUUCUGAUAGUGCAAGAGUUUCUGGAUGUGUUUUUCGAUGAUCUUUCUAGAUUACCCCCGCAUCGAGAGAAUGAGUUCAUUAUCAAACUUCUUCUUGGCACCAACCCUACCUCUCAAGCACCUUAUAGGAUGGCACUAGCAGAAAUAAGAGAGUUGAAGACUCAAUUGCAAGAGUUAGUGGAUCGUGGAUUCAUUCGACCUAGUGUUCCACCUUGUGGUACACCAGUCUUGUUUGUGAAGAAGGAUGAUACUGUGAGGUUGUGUAUCCUGUUUAAAAGAGGAGUGAAAUCUCCCAAUCGAUGUGCAUUGACUUUUCAUUUGAAAUUUGAUUUUUCAGCCAAAUCUCCCAAUUUGAAAUUUCUUCAACAUGUCGGCUAG